CACCUUUUUUUUUUUUAAAUCCAUCACCCACUUUUACUUUUUUCAUAACAUUUAACAUUAUCUGCAAAUCUUUCUAUACUUAUUUUUUAUUCUUAUGUGUUUACUCAUUUAGAAGAAAAGCCUAGAACAGCACCUGAAGCUCAAAAAAUUUUAUUUUGAAAAUAAUAAACAGACUCCAGCAGCAUUAUGGCUGUACCGGUACAAACACAUUUUACUGAAAUGAAUGCAUUGAGGCUCAGAGAACUACCAUCAGUUUCUCAAGUCAAGAUUCCUGCUCAGAACUCUGAAUUCUAAUGCCUUUAGUCUUGAAAACAUCACAUAUACCUGGCACAUAGAAUGUCUUCAUUUUAUUUGAGUUGAGUGAACAAAACUCCAUUUUUAGGUAAGGUUCCUUUAGCCAUGGAGAGGAGCAAUCACAAUGUGACAGAGUUCAUCCUGGUGGGCUUUACAACAGACCCUGUGAUGCAGUUGAUCCUAUUUGUGGUGUUCCUUGGUGUGUACUCUGUGACUCUGAUGGGAAAUACCAUGCUCAUAACAUUGAUCUGUAAUGACUCCCGGCUUCACACACCUAUGUAUUCUUUCAUUGGCAACCUGUCGUUCCUGGAUCUCUGGUAUUCCUCUGUCUAUACCCCAAAGAUCCUAGUCACCUGCAUCUCUGAGGACAAAAGCAUCUCCUUUGCUGGCUGCAUUGCUCAGUUCUUCUUCUCUGCUGGGCUGGCAUAUAGUGAGUGCUACUUGUUGGCCGCCAUGGCUUAUGACCGCUAUGUGGCCAUCUCCAACCCCUUGCUUUAUGCCCAGGUCAUGUCAAAAAGACUGUGCAUUUUUUUGGUUAUAUGCACCUAUACUGGAGGUUUCAUCAACUCAACAAUACUCACCAGUAACACAUUCACAUUGGAUUUUUGUGGUGACAACGUCAUUGAUGACUUUUUCUGUGAUGUCCCACCGUUGGUGAAGUUGGCAUGUGAUGUGAAAGACAGCUACCAGGAGAUGCUGUACUUCCUUCUGGCCUCCAAUGUCAUCACCCCCUCUGUGCUCAUACUUGCCUCCUACCUCUUCAUCAUUGCCGCCAUCUUGAGGAUCCGCUCCACCCAGGGCCGCCUCAAAGCCUUCUCUACCUGCUCUUCCCACUUGAUUUCUGUCACCUUAUAUUAUGGCUCCAUUCUCUACAUCUACUCUCGCCCAAGCUCCAGUUAUUUCCUUGAGAGGGACAAGAUGGUUUCUACGUUUUAUACUGUGGUCUUCCCCAUGUUGAAUCCCAUGAUCUAUAGUCUGAGGAAUAAAGAUGUGAAAGAGGCUCUGAAAAAACUCCUUAAGUUAAAACAACUAGAAGCCUAAAUUGACAUAAAUUUCUUAACCCAGUGCUAAGUAAUAAUGGAUUGCUUCAGGGCAAGUUGGGGAACUGGAAUAAGAAAUACUCUUUUUUAUUAAAAGAAUUCAUUGAAAAAGAUGUAUUUCUUUGUUUUAGAUUCUUUGUUUUGUUUUCGUAGUGAUCAGACUUCAAUCUGUACUAUAGAAUAUACAGCAACAGAGGAAGAAAGUUGCUAUUGAGUCGAAUCGAAACAGACGUAUGUUGACCACGUGUUUUGAAGAACUGUGCUCAAUAGUGUUUUCAAUGGCUAUUAGAAACGAGGGUGGCAAAGGUUUGUCUCACAUACUUUGGGCAUGUUAUCAGGAGGGAUUAGUCCCCGGAGAAUGACAUAAUGCUUGGUAAAGGGGAGGGUCAGCGAAAGAGAGGGAGACCCUCAAUAAGAGAACUGACACAGUGGCUAUAAGAUGGGCUCAAGCAUAGCAAAGAUUGUAAGGAUGGUGCAGGACCCAGCAGCACUUUGUUUUGCUUACAUAGGGGAACUGUGAUUUUGAAGGGAUUCCACAGUACCUAAGAACAACAACAUGACUUUUCAGAAGCAGAGGCACCU